AUGCAGUCCCUGUCCCUGUCCUCGCUCUCCCUCAUCCUAUACGGACUACUUCUCCAGUCGGCAUCCGCAUCCCCAUCAACGCUGACAGCCAUCUCCCAAAUCCCCGACGGGCAGAUCCAAGGGGACGCUUCCGCUUCGUCAAGCUCGCUUCCCUCGGAUCCUACGGCGUCAUACGACAACCCCUUCACCAUCUACACGAGCCAGACCAACUCGCUGGGCGUCGUGACCGGCAUGCCGUCCGUUGUGACCAGCCAGCCAGAGGUCGUGACGAGCCAGCCCGACGUCGUGACCAGCCAGCCCGUCUCGCCCACCCUGCCCAGCUACUCCGGGUACGUGUACGCCAACAGCUCUAGCUCCAACAUCUGGGCAUCGGCGUCGGCAUCAGCAUCGGCGUCCGCGUCGACUCUUCUGACCACCGCCGAGCCUACGACGCUUGCCACCAGCACCGUCGGAACAGCUGCCGGGUCUGUGAGUCAAGAAGGCCAGACGGGGACGGCGAGCGCAACUGCAACGUUCGCUCAGUCCACGGGUGGUGCGGUGGCGAAUAAAGUCGCCGGGGCGGGAGUCAGCUUGGUCAUCCUCGGCCUGUGUUUCUCUCUGCUGUGA